GUUUCUCCCUCUCUCUCUCCAGUCUGUAUCUCUCUCUCUAUAAAACUCUGCUCAUUACAUCUCUACACACUCCGACAAAGAGAUUAACACUCUGUCACUACUCAUUACAUUUCCACAGUCGAGAGAGAGAGAGAUAUGAAGAGAUUCGGGGGAAUGUUAUCGCCGGCGACGGUGCUGACGUGUCUGGUGUUGGUGGUGAUGCUGCCGGAAGUUUGGUCGAAGAGGUACACUGUCGGCGGCAACCAAGGAUGGACUAGCAAUGUUAACUACACUGUCUGGGCUAGUAACUACACUUUCUACACCGAAGAUUGGCUCUUUUUUGUUUAUGACAGGAAUCAAAUGGACGUGCUGGAAGUGAACAAGACAAACUACGAGACGUGUAACGCUGAACAUCCAUUGCACAAUUAUACAACUGGAGCUGGAAGAGACGUCGUCGCACUCAAUGUGACCCGAAACUACUAUUUCAUUAGCAGCAAAGGUUUCUGCUAUUCCGGCAUGAAAUUAGCUGUCCACGUUGUGAAGACACCGUCCCCUCCAAAACCCAAGCCAGAAAAAAGCGUCUCAUCUUCAAGAAUAUAUAACCUUAAAAGCCAGAUAGUUUUUCCAACUGUUCUUGCCAUAGCUGCUGUGUGGGACUCGUUGCUUCGGAUCUAAAAUCCUAUUCAAAAACUCAACAAAGUUGUGUGGUCUUGUUCAAUUAAUUGAUUGCAUAUUGACUUUAUUUGUUAAAGAAAAUUGAGGGAUAAGAUGUUUAGCUUUUGAAUUUUGUAAUAGUGUACUUACCCCAUAUUUAUUCUUUCUUUUACCUCUAAAUUAUAGCUGGACUUUGUUGCA